AUGAUGUCAAAAGAGUUGGGUUAUAUCCAAUUCGACGUGUGGAAGAUUAUCGAUGGCACGCACCAUGUAAACCAAUUAGACUUUACGUUUGAUCACUCUGUUGUGAAGCCACUGUCCCACGGGACGAUGCUUACAAGAGACCUGCGUACGAUGCUUUCGAUGAUUGGUGUCCCAGAAGAUCGACAGCCUGGUGUUGUAGACCAAAUAUUGAAGGUGCUUCAAGUAUCCGUGCCCAUGCUGCCUAUUGAUGUCAGCAUACUGGAGCAGAUCUAUAAUGUAUUUCCGCCAGUUUCACCGGCGGCUAGGCUGGAACCGGACGUCAAACUGGCGACGGAAUCAUUGAUUGAGGGUCUGGCGAAAGUGAGUUUGGAAGAGCCACCUGAGUCACCGUGUACUAUUUGUUUCGACGGCCUCGCAUAUCAACUCAUUGCUCGUAUGCCUUGCUCACACCGUUUUCAUGCAAAUUGCAUCGUCCGGUGGCUGAUCAUAAAUCACUUAUGUCCCUUGUGCCGAUAUCCAAUGCGAAUCAAAAAGCAAGGCCAGGUUUAA